ACGCUAGCCCUGGAAGUGGACAUCUUAGACCAGAAAUUACCAACAUUCAUGGACUUAACCACAGUGACCCCUUGGACAUGUUCAUUGGCAUGGAGCUUCUUCUACACUUCAAGCCGCUGUUCCUUCCCCUCUACUGCCUGGUGGUGGUAGUGGCUGGAGUGGGUAAUUCUUUCUUAUUAGCAUGUAUUUUGACUGACAAGAAGCUGCACAAUGCCACAAAUUUUUUCAUUGGUAACUUGGCGGCGGGGGACCUGCUGAUGUGCCUGAGUUGUGUCCCUCUCACUGCAUCGUAUGCCUUUGCCAGUCACGGCUGGGCCUUUGGGAGAGCUCUGUGUCACCUGGUGCCUCUACUGCAGUGUGCCACAGUCUUCGCAUCAGUGCUGUCACUAACUGCUAUUGCUGUGGAUCGCUAUGUUGUUGUAGCUCACCCAGUGCGUAAGAGGAUCUCUGCAUGCGGCUGUGGAGCGGUGACACUGGGCAUUUGGCUUUUAUCUCUUAUUUUGGCUGCACCUCCAUCUUUCUACACUCGCUAUCUGGAUUGGAGACCUGAUGGGAUCGAUCUUGUGGUGUGUGAAGAAUUCUGGCCAAAAAAUGGCAACCUACGACUCCUUUAUUCCUGUUUCAUUCUCAUUGCCUCUUAUAUGAUUCCACUGCUGUCUGUGAGCGUGUCCUACUGUGCCAUCACAGUUAGCCUCAAGCGUUACGCAGUGCCUGGGGAGCCUGCCCACAGCCAGCAGAUGUGGAGCCAGAGGAGGAAGAAGACCUUCUCUCUGCUGGUGGCUUCAGUGCUGGCCUUCGCUCUGUGCUGGCUGCCUCUGCAGGUGCUGAACCUUUUACUGGACCUGGACCCAGACUUUCAGAUCAUAGGGAAGCGCUACAUAAACGUCCUCCAGGUGUGCUGCCAUCUAGUGGCCAUGAGCUCUGCGUGUUACAACCCCUUUAUCUACGCCUCUCUGCACAGUAAGGUACGCAUGCACCUGAGGGGAUACCUGUGCCCAUGUGGCCACCAACAGGCCCGGAUCACGGAGAGUGGCUCCUCUCGGAACUGA